GUCCUUCCGAAUUAUCUCCGAAUUAAGAUAACAGAGCCUUUAAAUAAAUGCAUCAUGCUUUUUCGGAGAUUACAUGUGCCACAAUCCACACUUUUUUGUCGACUACAGCAUUCAUUUGUCAACAAAGAAACCCCAAAAGUUGUUCAAAAUCGUCUCAGUAAACAUCUUGUUUUGCGCACAGUUCAGUCAUCUGAAAGGAAGUCACGUGAUCUUGUCUUGUUCUUCGAAUGGUUAUAUCCCAACUCCAAAGCUGUGGACAAAUAUUGCAUGUUAUACCAUGAACUAGGGUUAAAUGUCUUGACCAUUCAUGGACAAUUGAAACAUUUUCUAUGGCCGUCACAGUCAGCUAAAUUAUCCCAGGAACUUUUAACUUUCUUGAAACACAAGAGAAAUCCUGAAGAAGAUAAAUAUAUUAUUCAUGCCUUUUCUGUUGGUGCUUACAAUUUUACCACGUGUUCAAUGCAAGCUACUAGUAAUCGAAAAGAUUUUGGAUUUUUUCGGGAUAACAUCCGUGCUCAGAUUUUUGACAGUAUAGUAGCCGGAAGUUAUGACCAUAUGUCUACCGGAAUAGGCGAGGCAUUCUCUCUCCCUCGUCCCCUAAGAAAACCUUUACAGAUGACGAUGGACUCUUUCUAUAAACUAACAAAGAAACACACAACGGACAUUUACGAUGAUAUGGUUGACCACUUUUGGCAUUGUCCGGUGACAGUUCCGACUUUGUUGAUAUAUUCUGAAAACGACCCUAUGUGUGAUCCUUCCUAUCUGGAGAAGAUGAUGUCAAAAUGGAAGAAAGACUUUUCUGACUUUGACGUGACGUCAGUCUCAUGGAAGAAAUCGGUCCAUGCUGCUCACUUAAAGAUGCACCCAGAGGAUUAUAUGAGGCAUUGGAGAAUUCUAAUGAGUAAAGUGGGCCAUGGACUUCCAGGAGAAAUGGGAACCUCAUGAUCAACAUAUUUCAAUCACAGAUACAUGAAUUUUAGUAGGUAAUUGUUAAGUUUAGGCUUAGAUUUCAAAUACAUCAUUUAUAUCUAGAGUAACAUCAUCGAUAAUACAUGUACAUGUUUAUUACAAAUACAUAUUUAUGUUACAAUUUGUUCAAAUUUUUUAUAAUUUUUUUUGUUGUUCGUUACAUUGAUCAUUAUGACAGAAGAAAUAAAUUAUAUGCAGUUGACAGUUCAUUGUGAAAUGCUCAUUUUAAUCAAACAGUUGUCGGUUCAGAGCGUAUCUGCAUCAUAGAAUCAAUGGCUUUGAACAAAAAUUAUCACCUGUCGUAAUUGAUUACUGGAAAUUGUUUAGCUAGACAUUGUUAUACUCUACACUCUUGAGAUAUAUCGUUUUUUGAAGGGAAUAAAAGAUUUAAUAAUUAAUGCAUGUAUGUUUAUGCUAAGAUUGUUUUCAAAUGCUUUUCUUUUUUUUUUGCAUUUGACCAUGAAUGUGUUCUGUAUUAUAAAUUAGAAAUUAUGCCU